AGUACAUCAACUCAAGUUAUGCCAAUUGGAAUCACCCAUGUUGCUUCGUGUCAAAAAAAGAAUUUUUCAUUAGCAGAAUUCACUCGUCCGUGGCUUCAAUUUGUGAUUUUUAAGAUUGAACACGACUAUAUAUAGUGUUGCUAACAUAGACAGAAGAACAAAAUGUUUCUGUGGGAUUGGUUUACUGGAAUGCUGAAUUUUCUAGGCCUGAUGAAGAAGUCAGGAAAGCUCGUGUUUUUGGGCCUGGACAAUGCAGGGAAGACCACUCUGCUACACAUGUUGAAGGACGACCGAAUGGCCCAGCAUGUACCCACCUUGCAUCCAACGUCUGAGGAGCUUUCCAUGGGAGGGAUGAGGUUCACCACAUUUGAUCUUGGUGGUCAUCAGCAAGCACGAAGAGUUUGGAAGGAUUAUUUCCCUGCGGUGGAUGGCAUUGUUUUCCUGGUGGAUGUAUUUGAUAGACAGCGAUUUAUUGAGGCUAAGGCAGAGUUAGAUAGUUUGCUUACAGAUGAGCAGGUAGCCAACGCGCCCGUGUUGAUACUGGGCAACAAGAUCGACAUACCUGGGGCAGCCAGUGAAGACGAGAUCAGGGCAAUGUUCGGACUCCAUGGGCAAACCACUGGCAAGGGCAGCGUUUCUCGCAGCGAACUCCCUGGCCGGCCGAUGGAAUUGUUUAUGUGCAGUGUUUUAAAACGACAAGGAUACGGUGAGGGCUUUCGCUGGCUGGCUCAAUACAUCAACUGACAUCUGUGCUGACUUAGUGCUAACUAUCUUCAUCUUUAAAUUUGUGAGAAAUCUGUCGGAAUUGUAGAUAUAACGAGUUACUUUUGUUUGUAUGUGUGGAAUAAUUGAUUUACAAAAUGACCUAUGUUUAACUUUUUUUCUGUCGUUUUUUAGAAGCAAAGUUAUUUGGCUAAUGGUUUCUUUUUUGUGUAUGUAUGAAAGGUGAAAUGUAAAUCAAUUUCUAUUUUUGAUUUUCAUUUUGUGUGUGUAGUUAAAUGUAGGUUAUGACAGAAUCAAGUUCUGCUACAGAUAAAUGUUAACUAGUUUAUUUAUAUUGUUUCAAAUUAAACCAGUGUCUCAAUAUUUUAUGAGCAGUUUUUGCUUAUCUGAAGCUGCAUAAGUUGACUUCCCAAAUAAGUGGCUUUUGUGAAAAGUAUACUAUGUGAUAAUCAGUGACAGGAAUAUGUUUUAAAAAUAUACUGCAGGCAUGUUAAAGAUGGUCAGUUUGUUUUCUAUUUGAAAUUUCACUGUAUAAAAAAACCUUUUAGUAUGUAUAACCCAAUUAAGGCAAGGAAAUAUGAAAUGUGUCUUGAGAAAAUGGUCUUAUGCCAGCAUGGCACAGGAUCAGCCUGCACCGGUUAGUAGCUACACUUCUGCUAUAUUCAUGCAAGGUUUUAUGGACUCAUUAGCAGAUGUCCAGGGCUGGUCUGGAGCUAUGCAUGAUUAACGUGGCAUAAGACCCAUUAUUGCAUGAAGACUCAUUUUUUCUUUAAUGUUGUAUGUAUAUAUUUUAUACAGAGAAUGGUCAUCUGAGCUGUAUCAUAUCAUUUCUAAAGGUAAACACACAUAACUGAUGCAGUUAAAUAUUUCGAAGCGACACUAUUAAAUAGAAUAUAGUAUAUACUUGUAAAUAGCUUUAUUCCAGCGUUGUUGUAUAUUUCUUGUCUUGAUUUUGCUAGUGUGAGUUUUAAAGUUUAAACACAUAUUUGAUGUGGUAUAUGGUUCUUGGCCCCACCAUUAAACCAUUAAAAAUUCAGCUUUAAUAUGGAGUUUUUUCCACUAUGACAAACCUGAUUUUGUGUGUGUUUGUGUGUCUGUAUGUCAUAUAUGUAAAAGUAUAUUGUUCAAAGUGGAUAUGAUAAUUUUAAUAUGCCGAUUCAUUGAAAAAUAUAUGUCAAAGUAUAUUGUCCAAAGUGUAUAUGAUCACUUAGAUACGCGGAUAUCUCGCAUGUGAAUCAGUUUGGUUCGGUGUUAGCUUAUGUAUGUAGUAUUGUGCCUUCAUGUUACCCAGUUGUAAAUCAUGCUAUGGUUUUCCAUAUCAUUUUAAAUACGUUCCACUGUGUCAUUGUUGGAUUGAAUAGAAUUAUUCUUGUUUAACACAAACAGUUCUUAAGCAUUUUUAUGCCCCCCUUCAAAGAAGAGGGGGUAUAUUGCUUUGCUCACGUCGGUCGGUCCGUCCACCAGGUGGUUGUCAGACGAUAACUCAAGAACGCUUGGGCCUAGGAUCAUGAAACUUCAUAGGUACAUUGAUCAUGACUCGCAGAUGACCCCUAUUGAUUUUGAGGUCACUAGGUCAAAGGUCAAGGUCACGGUGACCCGAAAUAGUAAAAUGGUUUCCGGAUGAUAACUCAAGAACGCUUAGGCCUAGGAUCAUGAAACUUGAUAGGUAGAUUGAUCAUGACUCGCAGAUGACCCCUAUUGAUUUUCAGGUCACUAGGUCAAAGGUCAAGGUCACAGUGACCCGAAAUAGUAAAAUGGUUUCCGGAUGAUAACUCAAGAACUCUUGGGCCUAGGAUCAUGAAACUUGAUAGGUAGAUUGAUCAGGACUUGCAGAUGACCCCUAUUGGUUUUGAGGUCACUAGGUCAAAGGUCAAGGUCACAGUGACCCGAAAUAGUAAAAUGGUUUCCGGAUGAUAACUCAAGAACACUUAGGCCUAGGAUCAUGAAACUUGAUAGUUAGAUUGAUCAUGACUGGCAGAUGACCCCUAUUGAUUUUCAGGUCACUAGGUCAAAGGUCAAGGUCACGAUGACCCGAAAUAGUAAAAUGGUUUCCGGAUGGUAACUGAAGAACGCUUAUUCCUAGGAUCAUGAAACUUUAUAGGUAGAAUGAUCAUGACUCGCAGAUGACCCCUAUUGAUUUUCAGGUCACUAGGUCAAAGGUCACGGUGACCUGAAAUAGUAAAAUGGUGUCCGGAUGAUAACUCAAGAAUGCUUAUGGCUAGGAUCAUGAAACUUCAUAGGUACAUUGAUCAUGACUGGCAGAUAACCCCUAUUGAUUUUCAGGUCACUAGGUCAAAGGUCAAGGUCACAGUGACAAAAAACAUUUUUAUUUCAAGUUAUAUUUAUUGAUGGGCAUUUUUUAAUUGACAUAAGUUUAGUUUGCUUUGAGAUAGAUUAAUUGUACAGUAUAUUCUGAUUGAAUCAAUGGCUCAUAAAAGAAGAAAAAAAACUGAGAAAUUACAACAUGUUGACAUGAUCAUCUUAUUGUAAAAUUGUGAAUGUUGUGUGGUAAAAACACAUGUUGAAUACAUUGUUAUAACUAUUAUAAAAUUUAAUGUAUAAUAUAUGUAUUGUGUACAAUCUAAUUAAAAUAGUAUUGUUUUACGCUUUAUGGAUUUAAUAUUGAAACAUACCAGUAGUGUUUUGUUGAGAUUAGUUUUUUUAUUGGAUGCAUUCUUUAAUAUGACAGAAUGAGAAUAAUGCCUCUUAUUUUCUGUGCGAUUUGCAGUAGUUACCGCCCUUACAUUUAAUUAUUUCAACAAUAAUCCUUGUAUGUGUAAGAUUUUGUUCCCAUUAUGAAAGUAAUAUAUUGUGUCCUACAAUGGUUUGUUUAAAUGUUUGUGUAUUUAUGAAUUUCUGUUUUGCUAGUGCUGUGCCAAGUUAUGUUUUUUCAAUCACUGAAUUGAAAGAGCCGUGUUCUGAGAAAACUGGGCAUAAUGCAUGUGCGUAAAGUGUAGUCCCAGAUUAGCCUGUGCACAGGCUAAUCAAGGAUGAAAUUUUACGCACAUGCAUUAUGCCCAAUUUUUUCAGAACAAGACACGAAAGAAGACUGCUUGGCUAAUUACUGUGGAUUUACUUAAACUCUUGGACAUUAAAUUUUUCAGAUUUGUAAAGUCAAGCAUAUGUGUUGGAUCUUAAAUUAUUGCGUAAUUUAAAAUGUCUGAUAUUAAGCCUUAAGAUUUCAACAUACCGUAUGUGUUGAACGUUUGAUUGUGUUGUUGAUUGGACCAACAAUAAUCCACAAAAAUUAAUGUUCUACCAAUGAUAUUGGUUUCACAGAAUAACUGAAGGAAACGAUGAUAUAUUCAAUCUGACUUAUUUUAUGUUACAUGUGUUAAGUGACAUACUGGUAUUGUUAAACAUAAUUUUUUUGAAUUUGUCACACAUGAACAUGAAUGAAAAACAUAAUUAUAAUUAAAAACUAGCAUUCUUUGAAAGCUAUUGUGUACAAUUGCUUCAGAAUGUGUGAAUUUUAUUGACAUUGAAUUCACCAAUUACAAUAAAUGUACUGACAUAAAUAUUA